AUGUUGACGUUGUGUUGUGUUAUUGUUGGUGGUGGUUUAGUGAGUGGUGAAUCUUAUCAUCAAUUUGAUCCAGAGUAUUGUUGUAUUAUUUUACGUAUAAUUGAUGUUCUCAUCCAUUUAUUGAUGCUCAGCGAUGAAUUUAAACAACACGUAUUGAUCAAUCGAAAUGUACUGCAUAACAGUUUAUUGCCAUUUUUAAUGUCUCAUAGCCAUCAGAUAAGAUUACAUAUUCUAAGAAUUUUCUCAAUCAUUCAUGGUGACGUAAUAAUGCAUUCGACUGAUUGUAGUAAUCCGAAUGAUCAUUUCGAAUCGACCAUAGUAAAUAUUAUUGAAAAAUGUUUAAAAACUGAACGAAUACAACUUGGUUUUCAAACUGUACGUGAUUUUUUAAUGUGUAUCCUAGCCUUACAUGCUGAUCGUGAUGUGAAAUAUUGUAAAGAAGCAGCUGAGAUUGCUCUACACUAUCUAUUCGGUUUACUUCAUGUUCAAUUCACUGCAAUUUGGUCAUCAUUGUAUGAAGCAAUUGCAAGUUACACGGAAUUUUCAACUGGAUCGUUGAAAAAUAAAUCAACUCCAUGCCAGAAGAAUUCAACAAAUGAAUUACAUUCAAGAGAAAAACAAUGGUCUAUUGAAUGUAGAAAUCUAUUUUGGAGUAUAUUUCAACCAUUGUUAAUGAAGGUUGAAGCGAAAAUUAUGGAUUCUAACAAUGGUAAAGAUUCAAAAGAACCCAAUUCCAAUCCGAAUGAAACCAACUUGUAUACUUGCUCGUAUGAAACAGCAAUUCUAUGGUAUACAUCAAUUCGUCCAAAUUUGUAUAGUUUACAAAGAAGAAUACCAAACACCACCACCACCAGUGAUUGGUUAAUCAUUGAAUCUAAACCCAAUUCUGAUUGGUCAACUUAUCGUUUAUGUUUAUGGAAAUGUUUACGUUGGAAAAUGGCUGCAAAAUAUACACAGUUUUUAACACCGUUAUUAUUAGAUUUGAUAAAUUCUGCUAUUCAAUCUGGUCUAAGCAAAUCAUCGGAACAACUACUGUUAACUAUCUUGAAUUUGUUCGCACAAUUCACCAAUAUUAAAUCAAUUUAUAUGGAGAAAGAAUUUAAACAAAACAUUUAUCAAUUAUUGAAAUUUAAACAACCUUCGAUACAAAAAGCAGCAUUCAAUUGUUUACUGGCUUAUAAGAAACCAGCAAUUAAUAAUUACCAAGAACAAAUUGAAAAGAUUAUCAAUCCACAAACAUUUCGUGAUGCUGUGCGUACAUUUCGAUUGGACACAAGUUUACAUUCUCCGGAACAUCGUGAAUGUAUUGGUGGAGUUUUGUUACGCAUAUUAUAUGGUCGAUUACAAUUAGCCAAAGGUCAAUUCACCUCAGCUAUAUUCACUAAUUUAGCACUGUGUACAAAUGCUGAAUUGAAUUUAUUUUUAAGUUUCCUAUUAGAUCCAUUCAUGAAAGAAACUGAUUGUAUGCCAUUAUCUACUUGUACGAGUACUGAUACAGAUAAUAAUAGUACUACUGUUAUAACAUUGGCCAAGUGUAUUGAAUCAGCUCGACAACGUGUUCAGCAUACAAUGGAUGGUACAGAUACAUUGUCUUGGUCAAGAUUACACGCGCUGUCACAAAUUAUCAAUCAAACAUUAAAUUAUCUUGGUCAUCGUUUAAAUAUUGUCAAUUUGACUGAAAAUGAAUCAUUGAAUCCAACUGACAAUGAACAGCAGCAACAUACUACUACUAAUUCCACAGAGCUUUCUAUCAGCAAACAACGUGCUGAUCUAUUAUUAUGUCUAGCGCUCUCUUUAUUGGCUAUGGUUUAUAAAUUAAAACAAAUCAAAUUGGAAACAUUGAACACUGACAACACUAAAAACAAAUCAACAAUUAGUCAUCAUUCUCGUCUACCUUUACCAUCACAAAUCAAAGCAGUACGUACUGCGGCAAUCAAUUUACUCAUUCAUUUAUUCUCAUCAAAAUGGCUUUGUGAUAUUGAAUUUUGGGGUGAACGACAAAUCACCACCAACAACAUCAUCAUGAACAACCACAGCUCACCCAGUGUCAAUGAGGAUCGAUCAAUGUUAGUCAAACAAAUUUGUUGUUCUCCACUGGUUUUCAAUGAUCUAUUAAAAAGUUCCACAUUGACAUUGAAUCAUUUAGUGAUACAAUUAAGUUAUUUAUGGUCAUCGAAACAAAUCAAUGAGGAUGGGUAUUUAUGUAUGAAAUUUUUCGAUCAUGCCUUAUUGCAUACCCUGUUGAAAUUGUUAAAUUCACAUUAUACUACUAAUAUGCAUAAAAGUAGAAGUAGUAGUAGUGUGGUAAAAGUCAAAAAUGAAAUUGUUGAGAAAAUUAUUGAAAUUGUAUAUAAUUUAACAUUUCUACCUGAUAUCUGUACAACAGGUCGUACCUUGCUACAAUCAUUUCAUUCGGAAUUAGUUGAUUACCUGAAAAAACGUCUACAUGAAUUAUGUCAAGUGAAAUCAACAUAUUUUAUUAAUCUUGGCAAAAAACCAUUGAGUGGUCAACGUUUACAACAUGAAUUUCAAUUGAUCAGUUAUUUAGCUCAAUCAUUGAAUUGUCCUCAACAACAACAAAAUAAUCUUCAUGGCUUAACCCCAAUUGAUGCUGAACGAUUAUUGCAAGCCUUAUUACAAUUGUUACAACGUUCUUCUAUACGUUCAUUGCGUAACAACUACAAUACUGUCAGGUCAACCACAACGUCGUCAUUUAAUAGACGACCUGGUAUAUUUGUCAAUUCGGAUGAAUCAGCUGCACGUUAUGAUUUACAGUUAGCUACAGGUGAAGCAGUUGAAGCGGAACUUAUACAAUCUAUACAUCAACUUGUACAAAUUACACCGAAUAUUACGAUUUAUUUAAAGAAAAUACUCGAUUUAUUUAUCUGCUCAAAAUCUCGUAUUGCACGUAGUCUUCUAUGUCAAGUUGUUGGUGUGUGUACAGCACGUUUAACAACCAAUUGGCCAAGCAAUUUGAUUGAAAUGAUUGAACAAUUGAAUGAUAGAAAUCAGGCACCGACAGCAGAUGAUGAUGAGGAGGAUAAUAACGUGGAGAAGAAGAAGAAGGAGAACCAACAGAAGCACCAGAAACAUCAUCAACCGUUGAGAUUUAUUAGAAAAUAUUUAUCGGCCAAUAAUCAAUCAAAGGAGGAGGAGGAGGAGAAUUUAUUGAAUAAUUUAACACAACGUGUUCUAUUAAUGUUAAAUUCCUGGGAUCUAAGUCAUAUUGAACAACCCGAUUUAAAUCAACGCGUGGACGGUUUCAAUUUACUCAAUGAAUUAUGUGUACUGUUAAAAUUCAAUCAUGCACCACCAGAACAAACACUGUAUUUACAUCGUGCCGGUUUAAAUUGUGCUCUGUACACAUUGAAUCAUGAUGAAUUACAAUUGCGUGAUACAGCAUUGGAUUACGCAACCAAUUGUGUCCAGUGUAUUCAUCAGGCUAGAUUAGCCAGUAGUAAUCCAUCUCCCAGUAAUGAUGAUGAUGAUGACGAUGUUUAUUACAAGGAAUUAAUUUUAAAAUGUCUUUGGGUGAAUUUAAUCAAAUCAUUACAGAAUACCAAUAAUAAUAAUAAUAUUAGCACAACCACAACACUGAGCACAAAACGAUUACAUUUAUUACGUUUACUCAAUACCAUGAUACGUACGUAUCAAUCACGUGAUCGAUUUAUGCCAUUAGCUUUACUAUUAGACAAUCAUUCAGUGAGUAAUGAUUUCUAUACAAAUUUACAAAGUGGUACAUUAUCACGUCAGUGUUGUGCUAUGCGUCGAUUGGCAUUGUUUUUACAAAAUCCCCUAACUAUCAUAUCACGUCGUCAAUUGUUGCAAGCGUCCAAUCGUUGUCAUCAGGAUAAGAAUGGUAGUAGUGCAAACAUACAAUUUCCUAUAUCACAAAAAGAUUUACGUCAUCUAUUCUUACCAAUCAUAUGGUACUACUUGGAACCGGAAUUGAAUUCUUCGGUACAUUAUAAUCAUACUACUGAUAAUCAUAAUAGUAAUAGUAAUAUGACAAAAUAUCAUAAACAAUUGAUUACGCAUAGUUUAGAUGCUCUAAGCGGGUUAGCAAAACAUUUACAAUGGAAAUUUUAUAAAAUUCUGCUAGAAUCACUCAUGACACGAUUGAAUUCAUGUGAAAAUAUUCAAUUUUUGUCAGAAAUUCUCAUCCGUCUAAUUGAUGCUUUUCAAGCGCCCAAUUGGAAAUGUUCCAUUGAUGGUGAGGUUGAUGAUGAUGAUGAUGAAUUGGGCGAAGCGCAGGUGGAUGAAAAUGCCGCAGUGCCGAAGGCAUCAUCAUCAUCAGUUCGUGUGAUUCCUACAAAUCAACGCAGUCAACUGUCGAAAGACGAUGUGAAUUCGCCAAUUCUACAAUAUAUGCUUAGUGUAAUUCAACGCUUAGAACCAUUCAUUGUGAAACCGAUUAAAACUAACCACACGGAAUCGAUCGAUGGUAAAAACAAGAAGCCCGUGCAGCAUCAACACCAUCAACAGCACCAGAAAAAAACCGACACUAUCAAUAAACCAUUGAAAAUCUCCCUGGUUAUCUCAUUAGUAAUGUUACUUCGACGUUUACCACCAGGUUAUUUAGAAUCACGUCUACCAAAUCUUAUAUUCCGUGUAGUGGAUAUUCUACGACCAUCACAUGAUAUCCCUUAUGAAAUACGUCAUGAAGCUGAAAAAUCAUUAGCACGUAUUGGACGAUUACUAGGUCCUAGUAAAGCAUUAGACAGACUAUUUCAAAUUGUCAAUCAACAGUUGGAUCGUGGUGGUUAUACAUUUUGGCAAAUUCGACUGUAUACAUUACAUCAGGUUUUAAGUGAAGUAGAACAAGCUAUUCAGUCGGGUGAAGUUUCAUUUAAAUCUGGUCAAUUAGAUUAUAUUGGUCAAAUAUUAAGUCGACUUUAUUUAGAUGAACUAGUUGGACGAUUAGCUGAAGAAAUCGACUCGAGACGUUCAGCUGGAUAUGUGGAAGCAACACGUGUACAAGAAUUAUCAUCAAUGCAUGAUUUAAGCGGUGGAUCGAUGACCGCCUCCAAUUUACCUGAAGCGAAUGGAUUAAAAUCACCUGAUGGUAUGACACGUCUAUGUAGAUUAUUAUCCGCUGAAGGUGUGAUGAAUUUAUUUGCCGAUAUAAAAAUUGCACUACAUUGUGCUGUAUCUGGUACACCUCUCGGCGCAUCAUUAUUACUGACCAGUAAUCAACCACAGUCAACCAGUACAAAUCAUAAAUUCUCUUCAGUCAAUCAAUCUGUUGGUUGUGGUCUACGAUUUCGUCAUAGAGCUUUAGCUCGAUUAGAAUGUACAUUAGAACGUUUACCAACGAAAAAUGGAAUAUUCUCGAAUAGAUUUCUUCAAUCAACUAAUAUUCAUGUUGUUUUGUGUUUAUUUAAACAACUUGUCAAUGAGAACUUGGAACAAACAAUCAAUGAGAACGAUUUAAAUGAAGAAAAGAAUCAUUCCCCAGACAGUGCUCAUGAUCAGCAUAAUACUGUCAUCACUGGUUGGUAUCCAGCAUCGUCAUCAGCCAAAUCCAAACUAUUAACACCACGUUGGAAUUAUUUAGAAUUAGAUCGGGAACCAACACGUGAACACAAUCCAUUAUUGACUCAAUCCGGUUUAACACAAUCUCAUGUGAUGAUAUCUUGUGGUUUAUAUCUAUUCAUCGGGUUGAUACGUUAUCAUUGGUUAAAACAAACUGAGCUGGAACAUUUACAGUUGUUGAAUGAAUUCAUCCCAAUGAUUAUCAAUUGUUUAAAUUCAAAGUAUAUUCAAAUAUUAAGUGCCAGCAUAAAAUGUAUUCGUUUGAUACUACUAAUUACUACUUGUAAAUCGAUUAUCAAUCAAAUCCCACAAUUUCAUGAUUAUUUAAAACAAAUCGGUGAGAAAUUAUUUGAUAUUUUAUCAAAUCACUCAGGUUUAUUAUCAUCGGAUAAAACAGCAACAACACCAACAGCAGUCGGAAAUGAUUACGCCAAGAAUCUAAUCACUGAUUUAUAUCGUACUUUAGCUUCAUUAGUUCGUGAUCAAUAUGACUACCGGUUGUCGAAAAAUCAAUUGUCAACCCUGUUGAACGCUGUCGAUAUUGAGCUAAGUCGAAACCUGUCGAUCAGUUCAUCAUUGACAUUAUUCCAUGCGCUACUGCAACGUCGUUUACGUGAUCCAGUUGUCCAAACAAAUGAUGAAAAUGAUAUUUUACAUUUUAUCGGAGAUCCUGAAUUAAAUCAUGAUUUACCGAUGUGUGACAAUCGCCUGACUAUUGCUAAACUCACUGAUCCGGAUUAUGAUUUAAAAACUGGUGCAGGCGGUGGGACACGUCUACUGGAUUUAUUUCAUCGAUUACAAUUAUUGGCUAUCACUAAUCCUUCAGAACAAAUCCGUGUGGAGUCACGUUGUUGUCUCAUCACUUUCCUAUUAAAUUAUCCGCAUAAAUUAAAAUUUCUACAAAGUUUCAUUGGUUUUUGUGUGAAACAAUUAGAAUAUAAAAAUCUAACUGGACGAUUAUCCGCUAUCAAUUUAUUGCAUAGUUUAUUAACUCAAUUACCGAUACAUCGUUUCAUUGGUCAUACAAAUCAUCGUUUAGAUGAGAUGAUUUUGUUAAGUAUUGGUGCAGCAAUUGAACGUGAAUCGUCGAGAAAAGCACGUAUCACUAUGUUACAUGUGAUACGUUUAUUAUUUCAAAAAUUACCUGCGGAUUUAGCUCAAUCGCAUUUUAACGAUUAUUUAUUGGAAUUUUUACAAGCUCCAUCUGAAACUAGGUUAUCAACACGUUUACUUGGUUUACAAAUGAUUAGUUAUGUAUUAAAUAGUCAGUUGUGUCUGUCUACGGAACAUUGUCGUAAUCAAUUGAUCAAAAUACUUAGUAUGGAUGUUUUACCCAGUGCAAUGAUUCAGCUGAAUCGAUUAAUUCAAUCGAAUUCUACCUUGAUGAUGUUUACUGGUUUACAUGAAUUAUAUCAUAAGGAAUUGGUGAAAACUACACCGAAAGAUGAAUGUCAUUUGAUGCGUAUUAUGAAAGAGGAUGCAAAAUGGAUGAGUGAAUUAAAUUUGUCCAAAAUGAAUCAUCUGGAUGAGGAUGAUGACGAUGUUGGUGAUGUUGAUGAUGAUGAUGAUGCUUCAAAGUCAGCGAACAACAAUGAACAACAACUAGUCAGUUCAGAGGAAGAAGACAACGAUGAUGAUGAUGAUGACGGUUACUGUGACAGUGUGGAUUUAGAUGCCGAUCAUGAUCCGUUUACUAAUGAUACAUUUGAAAUUGAAGAGAAUCAUGAAGAUGUAAUGAAUGAUACUACUACAACGACUACUACUACUACUACUACUACUGCUCAUUCGACAUUGUCUACUAGAAAGCUGAAAUGUUCCAAAUCGGCUCUAGAUAAUCAAUACUUUUUAUUGGCGCAUACAUUGGAGCAUGCAUUAAAACUAGCCUAUCAAUUGAUCAUUGAAUCGAAUGUUGAUUCAACUGUUGAUCCUGACACACAAAUUAAUGACAACAAUCAUAAUAUUGAUGCUUAUAUAUCUUCAGUUAAAAUGUCCGCAUUUUGGCGUGUCUUAUUAAAUGGCCCGAAAUAUUAUGGGGACCCAUCAUGUCCAAUCAUUGAAUUCCAAACGAACAAGCGACAUCGUAAUGCAUUGAAUAAACGUCGUGAACAAUAUAGUACAUUGUUUUCAACAGAUGUUACCACCACCAAUAAAAAAAUGAAAAUGAAACCGAAAAAAUGUAGUUUAUUAAUAGCAGGACAUCGUGAAACACGUGAAUGGGCAACGCGUUGUUUAAAUUUAUUAUUGAAAUUUGAAGUGUUGUCAAAUCAAAAUCGUCUCAGCACCAUAGAUUGUGAAUUAUCCGGUUUAAAUGUUCGAUCGGUGAUAUUUAGAAAAUUGCAACACAAUAAAUUGGGAUUAAAUAAAGUAUUACAAAGAAUACUGGAUGAUUUAUUAUUUCAAUUGGAAGUUGAUGCACGUGUACCGAUUUCUGAUGAAUGGUCGAAUGCGUUAUUGUCAAAUUUAAUUUAUCUUGGACAAUUAUUACACUUGUCUGUUGGACGUAAAUCAGUGUUGAAAAUAUUUCGUUUAGCUAAUAAAAUUUCAUUGGAUGAAUUAAAUAAUCGACCACAAUAUUAUUGUCAGAGACUAUUGGCUUUGAAAUUAACUACUGGUCUGUUAUUACGUCUACCACAUCCAAGUACAACACAAUUAUUCAAUAUGUUCACACCAAUCAAUAAUCAAUCUUCAAACAACAAUAAUGAAUCUGACCAUGAUCACCAGUUGUUGCCAGUUGAUGAUGAUGAUCAUGAUGAUGAUGACGAUCAUCAAUCUGUCGACAAACCAAUUCCAGCUUAUUUUGCCUAUUUACGUUCUGCUUCUAAAUUGAUUAGUCGAGAAUUUCGUCAACGUGAACGAUUAGCAUUUACUGCUGCAGCAUCAUUAGCUUCAACUGUUGUAGUACAAGAUGAUACAAGUGCAAUUGGUGCUAGAAUACGUCUACGUGGUAUGCAUUUAUCGAAAGAAUUAACUGUCCGAGCAAAAUCAAGACGUAGAAGAGCACAGGCUCGCCUUCGUCGUGCACUUAUGUCUGGUACAAUUAGACCAGAGAGUGCAAACAGCCUUGUUGCAUCUGUAACCGCUGGAAUGGCUAAAGCAGGACCGGAUCAAUUAAUUGAAUUAAUUGAAUCAACAGAAUCUGCUCUUACUCAACAAUUAGGUGAUGGAAAUCAUCAACUUAUUCAAAUUAUAUGCAAUCGUGCAUCGGCAGGUGCUCGUCAUAUUCGUGAACGACGUAAUCUACACAAAGCUACACGUAAUGCUCUUGGUAUAGCAUGGAAUGGUCCAGUGAAAAAGAAAUCUAAACAAUCAUUAGAUGAUGUAACAACAUCUCAACCAAUGGAAACAAUGAACGAAAUCGAUACAUCGGUUUCUUCUUCGAAUAACCAAUUGCAUAAAAGGAAAUUAUCGUCAAUUGAUAAUGAAGAAUCUGAUGACAACAACAAGAAAAUGAAGAAAUCACGCGUAUAAGCUUGUAACUCUUAUGAAAUGAUAUUUUGUAUUGUAAUAUUUGUAUUCAAUAAAUAUGAG